CUCAUUUCAUGCAUCCCACUUCCCCUCCCCAUAUUGACUGGAGGCCUGCUUGUACAUGUGUAUGUCUGAUUGAGAUAUAAGGGUAGGAGCCAGAGUCUGAAUUCAUCCAUCAUGGAAUCCAUUUCACCCGUUUUCUCGUCCCCCCUCCAGAAACAAUACUCUCCACCAUGGGCCGAUCUGAGUAUCAUUGGGAUUGCGGGCAGCUCUGGCUCGGGUAAGACCUCUGUUGCUAUGGAAAUUGUGAAGUCGUUGAAUCUGCCAUGGGUGGUGAUCCUUGUAAUGGAUUCCUUCUACAAGAGCUUGAAUCAUGAGCAACAUACCAAGGCGCAUAUGAAUGAAUAUGAUUUUGAUUGCCCGGACGCGCUGGAUUUCGAUGUCUUGGUGCAAACUUUGCAGGAUUUGAAGAAAGGGAAGAAAGUUGAUAUCCCUAUCUACUCUUUUGCCCAUCAUCAGCGUCAACCGCAAACGACCCCGCUGUACUCGCCACGGGUUCUCAUUCUCGAGGGUAUCUUGGCCCUCCACGACCCAAGAGUAUUGGAUUUGCUGGAUGUGAAGAUCUUCGUAGAAGCCGAUAUGGACGUGUGCCUGGGACGCAGAAUCAUGCGUGAUGUCCGGGAACGAGGACGCGAUAUAGACGGCAUUAUCAAACAGUGGUUCAACUAUGUGAAGCCGUCCUAUAGGCGAUAUGUGGAACCGCAGCGUCUCGUAUCCGAUAUCAUCAUUCCUCGCGGGAUUGAGAACAAGACGGCCAUCGACAUGGUCGUCAAACACAUCCAGCGUAAGCUGGACGAAAAGUCAGAGAAGCACAGCGCAGAUCUGUACAAACUGGUCGAAAUCGCGUCCGGGGAGCAACUAUCUCCCAAGGUCCAGGUCAUGGCAGCCACACCCCAGUUUAUCGGAAUGAACACCAUCCUCCAGAGCCCGGAAACGGAGCAAGUCGAUUUCGUGUUCUACUUUGACCGACUGGCGUGCCUGCUGAUCGAAAAAGCAUUGGACUGCACCUCGUACAUCCACACCGAAGUGAAAACCCCACAGAAGAACGCCUACUCUGGUCUGAACCCCGCUGGCGUCGUAUCCGCCGUUGCCAUUCUCCGCGGCGGGUCUUGCCUGGAGACCGCAUUGAAGCGGACCAUCCCAGACUGCAUCACCGGCCGCGUCCUCAUCCAGACAAACGCCAAGAACGAGGAACCCGAACUCCACUACCUCAAACUCCCUGUGGGCAUCGAAGAGCACGGCACGGUCAUGCUCCUCGACCCGCAGAUGGCCAGCGGCGGAGCCGCCCUGAUGGCAGUCCGCGUCCUGAUCGACCACGGCGUCGAAGAGCACAAAAUCGUCUUUGUGACCUGCGCCGCUGGCAAAGCCGGGCUGAAGCGGUUGAGUUCGGUGUAUCCGAACAUGAACGUGAUCGUGGGGCGCAUCGAAGAAGACCGGGAGCCUCGAUGGAUGGAGCAGAAGUACUUUGGAUGUUAAGGGGUGUACAUGGAAGGAUCAGAUAUCCAAUAUUUGUUACUUACCUAAGGUUUAUGCUAGCUAUUGAUCUGCACCAUGAUUGGCGUGUACUGAAA